AUGCCCGCGAAUUCGGACACCGUACGCAGCAGUAGCUUUCCAAACGAGUGGCGACCCGCGUCCGCCAGGACUCAAGCAUCUUCAGGCGAUCAGUUCUCCGACUUGAGCGAAGCUCCACCUCUCCGGUCAGAUCAUGGUACAAGCUCUCCCACAAGCACGGGUUCUGUCUACUCUUCACCAAACAGACCCCCAAACUUGUCAGAGCUUGAUCUGGCGCAACCAUUGUACGACGAACUUGACGGAAUCGAUGAAGAAGUUCUUGCCCAUGCGAUCGGCAUCAUUCGACAGGACCCUACCACUUUGAACCUGGCUCUUCAAGAAGCACUUGGGCGAGUGAUAAACCAGAGCCGAGCGGUCGAGCCGAACUUCGCAUUGGGCAGGUAUAUCCGCGAUAAUGCUUCGCCCUGGAACCGAGAGAACCUUCACGGAUCGAAGGCAUCAUCUUCAAUCACGAGCAGCUCCGUGCUGGAGCACAUUGCUGACCUUUUCGACUCUGACUCUGACAUGACCAUGCUCGAUUCCACCACUCAUGCUUUCCCGGCCGAUUCACUGUUCGCUCAAAUGGGCACCUGGGACAUCGGCUUCUCCGAUCAACCACAACAGCCAGCAUACCCGCAGCAGAUCGUGAUCGACAUCUGA